CCCGAUAGCGCCGUCUCUGGCACUUGGCCCGGGCCCGCGGCCGCGGUGCCGGGCGUGCGAAGCUUGCGUCCCACUGGACGCCGUCGUCGCGAAGUCGCGAAGGGCUGCACCGCGAAGACAGGGCAGCCAUGGAGCCCGGCAGCCCCUAUGUCCCCACCCUUGAUGAUUAUGUCGACGUGCCGCGCGUCGAUUCGAUAAAAACGCUUGAGGACGACCCCUUGCCGCCGAAGAUGUCCGUGUCCUCGUUGUUGAUGCAGCAAAGUUCUGUUUUAUCGGAGACGUCCACCCAGACGCCGCAGCAACGGAUGACGGUCGAGCGCCCUUCCAGCAGGACGGAACGGAGCGGAGCGGUCCGACGGGGUGAAUUAUCUGCCGGUGUUCCUUCAUCUGGUACGAUUCCUCGACGUGCUGAAAGUACAGCUUACAGAUUACAGGAUGGGAGCGACGCGAUGCGGCAUUCGCAGGGCCCGUACCGCAAGCCUGUACCCCGUAGGAAGUAUACGUCGCCACGAGCUCGAGAAAAGGAAGAGAGGAUGCAUCGAAGGAGGCAGCGCAUCGACAUGGGUCGGAGUGUCUUAGAUGGGUGUGACCUGCCGAACGCCGAAAGAAAUUAUCAAUUAAGUAUAGAAGCUUUGUCGCAGGAGCCCAAGUCCACGAAUCGCAUCGAAUCUUUACUGGAUAAGGCCGAGGUCGCCCAGCAGUCCAUGUCGACAACAUUAGGCGCCCUGUCGUUCGCGACGGAUAACGGUGAAAGUUCUCUGAGUGCGUCGGUCGACCGCAUCCGGUCGUACACGAAGUUGCUCGAGAGGCACAAUCUGAGGCAUUUCGUCAUCUGGCAGGGGCAACGACUGGCCCAGACGCCCGAAUUUGCGAACUUUCGCAAGCGCUACGCAGUAAGGUGGUCGCUCAUCAACAAAGUGAUCGGCGCGCUCGAAGAUCUGUGCUUGCAGCGGCGCAUCACCCUAGCUUUAGUGGAUGGGAAUUCGGUCAAUGAGUUAGCGGACCAAGACCUCACAAGACUCAAAAUAGGCGAUAUGUUGAAAUGUAUCCAUAACUUGGAUGCCACGGUCGAGGACCCCUCCUCGGAUAGUCUCUUCAAGCGCACCAAAAGUAAAAAUGUGCACCUCAUGAAGGACGUCAUGGCCAUGGCCAUCCAGGCUUUGUUUCGGGGGAGAGCGGCGCGACGACGACAAGUGGACCUCAAGUAUCAUACUACCGCUGUUAUUGUGAUCCAGUGCCACUUUCGACGUAGAAAAGCGCGGCGUUUCGUGUUGAAAGGUUUAUUGGCAUUGAGGGAAAAACGACAGAAGCAGUGGGGCGAACUUGUUGAGAGGUUACACGCGGAUUUACUGGAUGAACCGCGCGUCGAGAUCCACGUCGCGUCCCUGAAUUAUGGCGAGACCGCGCGACUCAUGAGACCUAGAUAUCAAUUAGAACAGGCCCAGCACCUCGCGCGCGUUUUACGAGCUGUGGAUGAUAAUGUACAUGUCGUCUACGUGUCGCCCAUGGAACUUCCCGAGGACGUCGUCGACUACUACCGCCGCUUACUGUCGCUGGGCGAGGCCGGGAGUGGCGACCCCGCCGAGACGCCGCGCCAAUCACGAAUUGGACGGGGCGCGCGGAAUCCCUUCGGCGAGACGAGUGACGACGUUCUGCCGGGCGGCGCGUUCACGGUCGUCGUCCCCGAAUUAUCAGAUAGGUUCCCCUCGUCCGCGCCAUUGGCACAGGUAGCUCUUUGUAGCCCAGCUUGCGUGAAAAGACUGAGGUACCUCGCUCACUCGUCGAACAAGGCACCGGUCCUGAUCCCGGGUGUGUCUUCGGGAUGGGCUGAGAAGCAGCUCGCUCUACUACUCAACACACCCUUGUUAGGACCGGAUCCCGCCGUAGCAUCAUUAUAUGCAACUAGAUCAGGAGCCAAGCGCGUCUUGCACGCGGCCGACGUGAGCGUGCCGUCCGGCGCGCACGACAUCUACGACGAGGAGGACCUCAUUAUCGCUCUAGCUAAGCUCAUCGCGGGCCGGUUGGACGUCCAAAGGUGGCGCUUCGCUACCGACGCGGACAACGGCAAGAGCGGCCGCGCGUUUCUGGACGUGGCUUCGCUGGACGUCGUCGCGGACCUCAGAGCGGAGAAGCGCAAGCUGACGCAGCUGGACAUCGUCCGGGGCGAGGCGGCGUGGUGCCAUCCCGACGUGCAGACGCUGGCGCGGCGGAAGUUGCUGCGGGCGCUUCGCUUGGCCCUGCCCCUACACUGUGUCGUCGCGCUGCCCGGUCAAGAGGUCGGUUCAAAUUGGGCGGAGUUCGCCCACUUGAUCACGCAGAACGGUUGUGUGGUCGAGGCCGAGCCGGCCAACGUUGUUGGUAGGUGCGCCGUGCACGCGUUGUUGAACGACGAGUGUACGGUACAAAGUACGCAGGACAUCGUUCUGGACGAGGCGGCCACGUCCACACUCGUCGCGACGCAUCCCGCGAGCAAAGCCCCCCGGAAAGCAUUGGAGGGCGCCACGAAGAGCGUCGGUAAUGCAUUGAGGGCGUUGGGCGGCUGCCCGGCCACGUACUUCACGGUGGAAUACGUCGUCUUCGAGACGGACGAGGGCUUGCGGCUCUGGGCGACGGAGCUCGAGGUCGGCCUGACGCGGCUCGCGGCGGGGCAUGCCCUGCAUAUUUGCGUGGCAGGUUGCGACGAUCGACGGGCAACUUAUACAUUACUCCCGCAGCUCUCGGGCCCCGGCAUCGAGGCGACGUCCUUCGCGACGUUCUUCAAGCUCUGUCGGAAGCACGGCUUGGCUUUUGAUGUUGAGAAGCGGCGGGGGCCCGUCGUGGCGCUCGUCGACUCGCUAGCCUCGGGCGUCGUCGGCGCGUGCGUCGAAGGUCUGACUCUGCGAGAUGCAUUGCGGCUUUCCCUGGAUUUCCUGAAGUUCAUUCGGACGAAGCUCGACGCGUCGCAUUUGAUCCACCGCGAGGCGCGGCCGGAAGAUCGCGACGUGGAGUUCGUGCGUUUCGCGCUCGAGCGGAUUUUGAAGGAGGAGGACAGUAAGAAUAGUUAGAGUU